UGCUCCUGGGUGCCAGUUGCGCAGAACCUAAAUCAUUUGGGGUAUUGGUUUGUCACAAUUACCCUGCCUCUUGGGUCUUAUCUGUUAUGCGUCUUAUCAAGCGGUUAUCGCUUUGCUCCAAAGAUAUAUUGCAUUUUGUUCCUAUCUGUAACGGUGUGUGGUUUUUUGUAAUUAUGAAGAGGCUAUCUCGAGAGGGGAGGACAGGGUUUUGACACGGAUGGAUUCAACUCCUCCGGUCAGAGCGCGCGGUGUGCCUACAUUUCUAAUGGAUUAAUACCUUAGGUGGUAUUGCCAAACAUGUCUUAACUAUUAGUUUAUAACCAUCAUAUAGUUUUAAUAGUGAGGAUCGAGUAUUGUGUGCUAAGUAACCUAGCCKUUCGCCUAUAAUUUUGUGUCAUGUACUCAAAAUUGCGCGAAUACGUUUCAAAAUGAAACCAAGCCCCACAUCAAGGGCUAUGUUGGGUUUGUAUUACGCAGUUUCCCAGAGGGGCAGACAACACCCUCACGAUUUUCUAGCCCWACGGUGUAUGGAAAGUGAUCCUGGAUGGACCUGGGCGAAAACAGCUGGUCCAUGGUCAAGCAAGAAGUGUCCAGCAGCCCAGGGUCACCGGCUGAACAGAGCUACUUACACGGCGGUCAGGACAGUCACGGCCACGCGCACGACUCGGAGGGACUCAGGUCACCGCCGACAACCGAUCAACUUGACUUAGUGGGACACCGGCGCGACGAGGGGCCAGGUAGACCAUCUCUACACUCCUACGUUCACUUCGGACACGGACACCAUAACAACAACACUGCCCUGCCCACCACAGAGGACAUCACGCUGUUCACGGAUUUAGACCAGGGCAACAAACUAAUCAUCUCGAGUGGAGCGCACCCGCACCACAAGGGGGGCCUUAUCGUCGACCCCAGCGACAUGUAUCAAACACUAGCCAUCGCGGCGGCCCACCAGAGCCAGGCGGGGUACGACUCGCCCUCUGGGGGCUAUAUGCACUCCAACCCCAACUCUCCAGUGUAUGUACCGAGCUCCCGGGUGGGACCCAUGAUAUCCAGCCUCCCUUAUUUGCAAGCCAGCGGGUCGGCACAGCCCAGUCAUGCGGUCACAAGCCAUUCAGUCUGGUCGCAGUCUACUCCGGAGAGUCCCUCCUACAGCACCGGGAGUCCUCAUACAUCCAACCGUUUCCAUUACCCUCCAAGCCCGCCAAUGAACAACGUAGCGUCCAGGGAUAACGGCUACAGUAACCCGCUGAAUGUGGGCAGUCGAGACCAGUACGGCCUCCCGCGGUCCCUCGGUGGAUCCUACGCCAGUCCCUACUCCCCGUAUGUCGGACCGCAGCUAUCCCAGUUGUCCUCGCCUUGGCCUGGAGGACCAUUCGAUAACACCAUGUUGCACACUUUGCAAAGCAGAGGUGCGCCCUUGACGAUUCGAGGACCCAAUGGAGAUAUUCUCGACGACCUGGGAGAGAGCAGGGAAUGCGUCAACUGCGGCUCCAUCUCAACGCCGCUUUGGAGACGCGAUGGCACGGGCCACUUUCUCUGCAACGCCUGCGGCCUGUACAGCAAAAUGAAUGGACUCAGCCGGCCAUUAAUUAAACCACAGAAGCGGAUGUCAUCAUCCCGGCGAAUCGGCCUCUCCUGCGCCAACUGUCAGACGAGCACAACCACCUUGUGGCGCAGAAACGCAGAAGGAGAACCGGUCUGCAACGCAUGUGGGCUCUACACAAAAUUACAUGGAGUACCUCGGCCGCUCGCCAUGAAGAAAGAGGGAAUUCAGACGAGGAAAAGAAAACCUAAGACUUUGAACAAAACCAAGGGAUCCUCUGGAAAUAGUAAUUCAGUCGCCAUGACUCCGACGUCGACAUCUUCUUCCAACUCUGAAGACUGCUCGAAGGACAGCUCUCCCAACACGCAGGUCCAGUCCGCUGUCCUGAGUGGCCCAGCGGAUGGCUCAGGCUCUGAUGGCUCUGCCAUCGUGAAGUACCCAGGCCAGGAUAGUCUCUACACCAGCGUGGGCCUUACCCAGUCUCCAGACAUAGCCGGCUCCGUCAGGGGAGAGUCCUGGUGCCCCAUGGCUCUUGCCUGAGUCACGAGCUGGGGAUGGAACCCACCACACUAUCCUCUGUCUCUCUCUCUCUCUCUGGAUGUCCUGCUGCUGCGUGGUGGAAAUAUUCUGUGCCUUGAUGGUUCUGGGUCUGUUUCCUACUGCCCAGCUAACAACAGUUGGACAG